AUGACAGAGGAUCUAUUAGUCUUUGUAGUGCUCAGGACACCUACUGCUUCCUUCUUUAUUACUGCCUUAAUAGGUAUAAAAUUGUUUGCCUGAAGUAUGUCUGACUUUACAUCUUCUCUUUAUCAUUCAUGGGACAAAGAAAAAAUACCCCUGCUAAGAUCUGACCUGGCAAAAACCCACCCUGACUUUCUUAAAUUAUGGAAUCUGCUUGCUUGAGGUUGGGUCUACUCGCCAGACACCCCAGACAAUUGCUCAAUAUGCAAUAUUUUAAAAAGUUCUCAAAGGUGAAAAAAUUUCAAAAGCAACCCAAGACCUCCCUUUUCCCACCAACUUGUCCUAAAACUAAAAUCUAGCAUUCCCAAGCCACCUGCUGGAUUUCUACAGCCGAAAACUUCCUAA